GCAGAAGUUAGCUGCUGCAGUCAGACACUUUCAUGGUGCUCUGCGUGCUGAACCAACAUGAAGUUGCUUGUGAUCGUUCCUCUGUGUGUGCUGUUCACUCUCACCCAGCAGUCAGCUGAGAACUGCGUCUGUGAGUUUGCACAGUCGGAGAAGUCUUUCCCCCACGACAAACUGAAAACAGCGCAGGCUGCUGCUUCAGACUGCAACAGCAACCUGACACCACAGAAGACCGUGGAGCUGGAGAGUUUGCUGCUUGGUUUGCAUCACCGCCUGCCUCAGCUGGAGAAGGACGUAUCGAUGCUGGAGAAGGAGGAUGAUGGAGAGCUGUACGGUGUCCUCAGCCUGUAUGUCAUAGAGAAUGAAAUGACUGAGAUCAAGCAGCUGAUGGACAAGCUCAACAGCACCGCUCUAGAACGGGAGCUUCUUACUGCUGACACCACUCAGCGGCUUCAGGACCUGAGAGAAGAGAUGCAGGAGCUCGAGACAUUUGACACCAUGCAGGUGGUGAAAAGACAACAAGCCAACCAGCGCCUGAGGAGAGACCUGGAACAAUGCAAGAACGGACUCCAUCCCACCCAACAACCCACUAAGCCUCCACAUGGUACCUGUCCUUAUGGUCAGUUGCUGAACAUAACUGAGCCAAGGGUCUACACAGCAGGAGAGUAUCCUGGUUCAUAUAAGUAUGGAGCCUGGGGUCGGGAUCCCAAACCAGAAGCAGGGAAAGAGAGUUGGCAUUGGCUAAUAAUGAUGACUUCAAGCAAUAGAUACGCCCAUUAUGUCCGUUUCUACUCCACCUUGAGCUCUCUCAUUAUUGGGGUGAGCGUUCCCGGUAAUAUCCUGAUCCACUCCUCGAACCCAGCUACCAACACCAUCCAGGGUCCGAAUAAUGUUCUAUAUGGAGGCGCUUUGUAUUACAACUGUUACAACAAAGAUGCUGUUUGUAGAUUCAACCUCACCACCAAAAGUAUCACCACUGUAGAACUACCCAAAGGAACCAGAUAUAACUCCAAGGGUAACUUCUGCCACCUUGAUGAAUGCUACCCAUACACCGACCUGGACCUGGCAACAGAUGAGUCCGGCGUCUGGGUGAUCUACACCACCACCCAGGACUUUGGCAACUUGGUCCUGUCCAAGGUGGAGGAGGGUGAACCGCCGAAGCUCGGACAAACGUGGCACACUUCAGUCUACAAGCUGGCGGUGACCAACACCUUCAUGGCCUGCGGCGUCCUCUAUGCCACACGUUAUGUCAGCAAAGAGGUGGAGGAGAUCUUUUAUUCCUUCAACACCGUGACAGGAAAGGAGAGGUUCAACAUCGGCAUCUUCAUAAAGAAGCUGGCUCCUAACAUUGAAGCACUGAACUACAGCCCUGUGGACCAGAUGCUACAUGCCUACUGUGACUCCUACAUGGUCUCCUACAAGGUGCUGUUUGAGCUGAUGGAUGAUCAGUCCUGGAGUUAAAUACUGGCUCCGGUAAUCGUUACUAAAGGUUAAUAAGAAGCAUUGAAUUUGUGCAAAACUAUUCCAGUGAUCUCACCAGGAACGUUACAUUGUUGCAUCUUUCUUUUCACUGUGGGUAUCUGAAUAAAGUUUAAUAGUUUAAGAAACUGCUUCAACAGCUCACAAGGUCCAUGAUG